UUCCGCCACGCCAUUGGCUCCGCGGCGGGCCAGCGCCUCCUUCCUGCCCCUCAGCCGAGGAAGGAAAAGGGCAAGAAGGAAAAGGCGGCGGGAAGGAAGGAAGGAAGGAGAGAAGGGAAAGGCUGCGGGUUGCGAUGGCUGCCGAGGCGCCCCCGGGACGGAAGCGCAUCCUCUGCCUCUUCGACGUGGACGGGACCCUCACGCCGCCGCGCCAGAAAAUUGAGCCAGAAGUUGCGGAAUUUCUUCAAGAACUGCGCAAUAGAGUGAUGAUCGGUGUGGUGGGCGGCUCAGACUACUCCAAGAUAGCCGAGCAACUGGGAGAAGGUGACGAGGUCAUCGACAAGUUUGAUUAUGUCUUUGCGGAAAAUGGGACUGUGCAGUACAAGAAUGGGCAGCUAGUCUCCAAGCAGGCUAUCCAGAACCACCUUGGGGAGGAACUUCUGCAGGAACUAAUCAACUUCUGUCUCAGCUACAUGGCACUCCUAAAGCUGCCCAAGAAACGGGGCACCUUCAUAGAAUUCCGCAAUGGGAUGUUGAACAUCUCUCCCAUUGGUCGGAGCUGCACUUUGGAGGAACGAAUCGAAUUUUCUGAGCUGGAUAAGAAAGAAAAGAUCCGAGAGAAAUUUGUAGCUGCCUUGCAGAGGGAGUUUGCUGGCAAGGGCCUGCGGUUUUCUCGGGGUGGCAUGAUUAGUUUUGACGUUUUCCCAGAAGGUUGGGAUAAGCGUUAUUGCCUCGACGUCCUUGAUGAUGAGAGUUUCGACACUAUUCAUUUUUUUGGGAAUGAGACAAGCCCUGGUGGGAAUGAUUAUGAAAUCUACGAUGACCCCCGCACGGUAGGACAUAGUAUCCAGUCUCCUCGGGACACAGUCAGACGGUGUCGAGAGAUCUUCUUUCCAGAGACAGUGAACGAAUCGUGACUUGUGGGCCCUUAUUGCUGGUCUUCAUCUCUCUAAGGAGAACCUCACUCACAUUGUGAAAGCACUUUCUGGAUCCUGUCAGGACUCACUGGAGCUCAAGGCCAAAAUGCACUUUGGAAACAGAGGUGAAGUGUUAAGAGAGGGAGGGAGGUAAUAGCCCUUCAGCCGUAGCACCCUCACCCCUUGCUGCUGGGGACCUAUCGGAUUUUCCCCCAUUUCCCUGCCCCCUUAAAAGAAACGAGGUUAAGAUUUAUAUUUUUCUGGAAAGGAAACAUGUGCUUAUUCUGGCUUUUGGCCACUUUGUUUUGUUUGGUGGAAGCAAGUCUAUAUAUUUGCCCAAAUGAUUCUAUUUUUGAGAUUAGUCUGAGAAAGUCUGUAGAAAUAGUAUUUUAAAGGGAACAGAGCCUGAGGUUUCAAAUUUUAGGACUUGACAAGUAUUUUCAUAUUCCCUAACAGUCAAGUUGGUCUGCCAUUUACUUUUUUUAAAAGUUCAGGGUAGCUUCUCUAAUGGAAGUGAUAAAGGAGAUUGUGGUCUUGUAAAUAAUGGCUCCAGUCUGGCAUUUAGAAAGAUAUUGACACCUGAUUAUGUGUACCAGAACGCAGGCAGAAUACAUAAUUAGAUGCAAAUUGUAUUGGGAUUGAUGCAGUAAGGAUGCUGGCAUCCAUAUGCAGAUGUAACGUGAGAUGUUCAUGUCGUUCUUGCUUAUGGCUUCCAAACUAGCAAGCUAUAUGUGUGCAGAAAUCUGCUCCUGUAUGCAGCUCUCCUUGGCUUUGGAUUUGUGUAAACAGAAUCCAGAUACAUCCAUUCAGUGACCUAUGAGCAAGAUGAGUAUUGUGUUGUUGUAAUGGAAAAAUAGGGAAUGUAUGACCCGCUCAUUUUAACACCAGAAUUAAAUAGGUGUUAGUACUGAAAUUAGUGCAUGCAUGCAUGGAACUUUAUGAGCUGGAUUUGUCAUAACCACACUGGAACAGACAUAACUUUGGCUGAACUAAACUGGGCUUACUAAUGCUCAAAUGUUUGCAGAGGCUUUAAUUGUCAUGUUUGCUUACAUAGCAAUCCUAAAAAAACAAACAUGAAAUAGCAAAUGUAAUGUUCUGUUUGCAAAGACUAGUCAGAGCAGAAGGAGCUUACCUGUGGCAUAAAUAAUGCACCCCACCUUUGAGCCAAUCAGAGGAGGGAAGGGACUUUGAAUCUGCCUCCAGUUUGUUUCCACUCCAGAAUGGCCCACUUUGGGUCUUAUUGUCAACUGUAGCUGUAGAGCUUUCUAGUGAGGUAUCAUUGGCUGAGAGGCUGAUCCACAUCAACUCAUAUCUCUCCAGACAGCAACCUUCUCAGAAUUGUUCUCUAAGGCCCCUUUUACACUGCCAUAUAAAAUCCAAAUUAUCUGCUUUGAACUGGAUUAUAUAGCAGUGUAGACUCACAUAAUCCAGUUCAAAGCAGAUAAUGUGGAUUAUGUGCUGUGACAAUCUGAAUUAUAUGGUGGUAUAGAAAGGGUCUGAGUCAUUUGAUUUAACAUAGCUUCAAGAAUACAGUUUCCCUUCCAGCUCUGUGUGCACAAUAAUUAUAAUUUCUGAAUUUUCUAGUAUUACAAUAUUUUUUUCUCUCUGAUACAAAUGUGAAUAUAUAUGUACAUAUAGCCUACUACAAAAUAAGUUCCAUAGAGUUGCUCCCAAAUAAAUAGAUGCAGGAUUACAGCCUAAAAUUCUAGUUCUAAUCUCUCAAUGGAGACUGCUCAGAUC